UCCACUAUUCCCGACUAUUCCACACUGCGUGUAGGCUACUGCGUAAUAGUCUCGUUCGUCGAGCCGUAAAGGACUUUUGGUGAUUAUUUUAGAUUUACGAUUUGUCUGCCCAUAACUGGCUAAACAACCUGUUGAAACCUGUUGAAUUGAACUCGCAUGAUGUUCAUAAUUGGAGUUUAUCUGUUGGGUCUAAUUCCAUCUCCCGCAUCUACAGCCACACAUUCGCUGAAAUACUUCUACACAGCAACAUCAGGAUUACCUAACUUCCCAGAGUUUGUAACAGUGGGGCUGAUGGAUGGCCUGCCUAUCACGUACUAUGACAGUAACAUCCGCAGAGAGACGCCUCGUCAGGAUUGGAUGGCUGAAACUGAGAGUCCUGAGUACUGGGAGAGACAGACUCAGGAGUCCAUCAGUGCUGAGCACAGCUUCAAAGCCAACAUAGAUAUUGCGAAGCAGCGCUUCAACCAGAGUGGAGGUGUGCAUUCAUUUCAGAGGAUGUAUGGUUGUGAGUGGGAUGAUGAGACUGGAGCUACAGAUGGGUUUAACCAGUAUGGUUAUAAUGGAGAAGACUUGCUGGUUCUGGAUCUGAAGAACUUGAGAUACAUAGCUCCAGUGGAAAAGGCUGCCACAACCAAAUACAAGUGGGACCACCAAAAAGGUCUGAUUGAGAGCGAUAUUAACUACCUCACCCAGUAUUGCAUUGACUGGCUGAAGAUGUAUCUGAAGAAGAAAACCUUGAAGAGGACAGUCCCCCCUUCCCUGUCUCUGCUCCAGAAGAGCCCCUCCUCUCCAGUCACCUGCCACGCUACAGGCUUCUACCCCAGUAGUGUCAUUGUGUUCUGGAGGAGAGAUGGAGACCAGGUGUACGAGGAUGUGGAUUAUGGACAACUUUUACCUAACGAGGACGGAACCUUCCAGAACAGUGUUCACCUGACAGUGAAGCCUGAGGACCUGGACAGCGGGAGGUAUGAGUGUGUGGUUCAGCUCUUGGGGGUUCAGGAGGACUUUGUCACCAGACUGGAGCGCUCUGUGGUGAAGACCAACCUUGGAAACACUGGAAGGACUAACCCAGGAUCAGAAGGUUCUGGUUCCUCUGGUCUCAUCAUUGGAGCUGUGGUUGGUGUUCUUCUGCUGGUCGCCAUCGUCUGUGGAGUCAUCAUCUGGAAGAAAAAGAAUCCCAAGAAAGGCUUUGUUCCAGCUAAUACUUCUGAUGGUGGAUCUAACUCCUCCAAUAACACGCCACCACACGCAUGAGGCCUCUCUGUUUAACCAAUCACAGAAGUGAUGCAGAGGAGAGGAGGGCACAGACAACUAACUCACUUGAUUGUCUCUGAGUAAUUAAUUUGAUAGUAGUUUGUAAACACCAAAUUCUCGUCCGAAUGUCAGCAGAAUCUUCCUUCCUGGUUCCAGUCUUCUUUAUGUUCUGCUUCAGGGUUGUAUAGCCGUUUAACUCAGAAUGGUGUAUAAAUGAUCUUCACUCUUCAACAGCUUCAUAUAAAUUAUGUUGAUUUAACAUUUAAUAUUGGCAAGAUUUUAUCAUUAAUGUUCUAAUAAGUGGUAGGUUUCAUUCCUUUACUUGUUUUGAUUUAGAAAUAUACAACUUUUUUGAGAAAGCAGUUGUGCACUUCCAUACACGAAUCACUUUCACAUGUAACAAAUAGACAUAAUUACAGAGAUACAAUGCAAACAGACAAAACAUGAAUUCAUCAGAAACAAAUCCAUCCAACAAUUGCCAACUCGGUCCAACCUGUUUUAACAAUGUUUGUUCACUCCACACAAACUAUGGCCAUGACUUUAAACCAUGUAGCCUAUAUGGCUGUGAAUUGUUGAUUAUUUAAUUUUACUCUUAGUUUAAAGAUUACAAGUGAGUAAUAAUUGCAAUACAGAUUAGAUGGAUGUUUGUUUAUAUUGCAGUGUAAAGAUGUUUUAGUAAAAUUGUAUAUCUCUUGUACUUUCUCAAAUGUUUUGGUAUUGUGUUUUAAUGAUUGAUUAAAGUGGUGGUGGGAAUAUUGGAUGGGUCGCAGUGCAUAGGGGUAACUUAAAACCCUGACUAAGACAUAAUUGUUUUUAAGUUUGACAUUAAAUUUGAGAUAAAAUUAACUUGUACUGUAAAUCAAAAAUAAAUGUAAUUUUUUUUGAGGGAA